AUAAACACAUAUCACCACCUUCUCCACUAAUACUCUUCAUAUAUAUCAUAAGUUUCUUUCUUCUUUUAUAAAUAAACUUAGUAUUUUCAGCAAGCGAAAGACAAGUGUGUCAGAGAUCUCAGAGGGUGAUAAUCCCAAUGAGGAUCUUACCCGAACCUCGAGGUUCGGUUCCCUUCUGCCUCCUCCUUCUCGUGUCUAUUCUCUUCACUUCAGCGACUCUCUCACUCGCUCGUGUCGUCGAGGUUGUCGGUUACGCCGAGAGCAAGAUCAAAAGCCCCCAUGCAUUUUCAGGACUCCGAGUGACGAUCGACUGCAAGGUGAAUAAAGGCCAUUUUGUUACAAAAGGUUCCGGAAACAUUGACGAUAAAGGAAAGUUUGGCCUGAUUAUUCCUCAUGACACUGUCUCCGACGACGGAACUUUAAAGGAGGAGUGUUACGCUCAGCUUCACAGCGCUAAGGGUACCCCUUGUCCGGCUCACGACGGCCUUGAAUCCACCAAGAUUGUGUUUUUAUCCAAGUCCGGGGAUAAACACGUUUUGGGUCUCAAACAAAACCUCAAGUUUUCACCCGAAAUUUGCGUUUCCAAGUUCUUCUGGCCUAUGCCUAAGUUACCUCCUUUCAAGGGCUUUGAUCAUCCGCCUUUGGUACUUCCACCUUUUCCUAAAUUCAAGAUACCCUGUCCACCUAAAUACAGCCCUCCCGAGGAGGUUCCUCCUCCGGUUCCGGUCUACGAGCCACCGCCAAAGGCAGAGGUUCCGCCUCCGGUUCCGGUUUACGAUCCACCGCCUAAGGAAGAGGUUCCACCCCCUGUCCCCGUUCACGAGCCACCACCAAAGGAAGAGGUUCCACCCCCUGUCCCCGUUCACGAGCCACCACCAAAGGUGGAACUUCCACCGCCGAUUAUUAAGAAGCCUUGUCCACCUAAACCUCCGAAGAUUGAGCACCCACCUCCUGUACCAGUUCACGACCCACCGCCGAAGGUAGAGCUUCCACCGCCGACCCCUAAGAAGCCAUGUCCUCCAAAGGUCGAGCACCCGCCUCCGGUUCCCGUUUACAAGCCACCGCCAAAGGUUGAGCACCCGCCUCCGGUUCCGGUACACAAGCCACCUCCAAAGGUCGAGCACCCGCCUCCGGUUCCGGUACACAAGCCACCGCCAAAGGUCGAGCACCCUCCUCCGGUUCCGGUGCACAAGCCACCACAUAUCCCAAAGAAGCCAUGUCCUCCGAAGGCCGAGCUUCCCCCGCCGGUGCCAGUCCACAAACCACCACCAAAGAAGCCUUGUCCGCCAAAGAAAGUUGACCCACCGACGGUUCCAGUCCACAAGCCGCCGCCAAAGAUAGUCUUACCACCGCAUGUACCAAUCCACAAGCCGCCGAAGAAACCUUGUCCGCCCAAGAUAGAUCUUCCACCGUCGGUUCCAAUCUACAAGCCGCCGCCGAAGAUAGAGCAUCCGCCAAUCUAUAAACCACCUGUUGUGAUUCCGAAAAAGCCAUGCCCUCCGCCGGUACCAGUAUACGAACCACCGGUGGUGAUUCCAAAGAAGCCAUGUCCGCCACUCCCACCGCUUCCUAAGUUUCCACCUCUUCCUCCUAAAUACAUUCACCACCCCAAGUUCGGGAAAUGGCCUCCGCUGCCUUCACACCCUUAAGAAACUAAUACGUACACUCAUGUAUAAUCAACGUCUUGCCGUUUUAAUAUAUAUCAUCUCUGCAUGUUUAAUAUAUAUUUUGUUUUUGUUUUUAUAUAUUUCUUUUGUUGGCUUUCAUAUAUCUCUGAGGUAUAUAUCCUUUGUGUAGACUGUUUGUUUAUAUUUUCCAGCAAUCUUCCAACAAUAAAUAUAAUAUGAUAAUGAUACGUUUCACUUUU